AUGUCAGGGAUGCAGGCUGUCUGGCCGUCCGGUACAGAAUGUAUCGCCAAGUACAACUUCCACGGUACCGCCGAGCAGGACCUGCCCUUCAGCAAAGGAGACGUCCUUACCAUUGUCGCUGUCACCAAGGAUCCCAAUUGGUACAAGGCGAAGAACAAGGUGGGCCGGGAGGGCAUCAUCCCCGCCAACUACGUGCAGAAGCGGGAAGGAGUGAAAGCUGGGAUCAAGCUCAGCCUCAUGCCGUGGUUCCAUGGGAAGAUCACGCGGGAGCAGGCGGAGAGGCUGCUGUACCCCCCCGAGACAGGGCUUUUCCUGGUGCGGGAGAGCACCAACUACCCCGGGGACUACACCCUGUGCGUCAGCUGUGAGGGCAAGGUGGAGCACUACCGCAUCAUUUACUCCUCCAGCAAGUUGAGCAUUGACGAGGAGGUCUACUUCGAAAACCUCAUGCAGCUGGUGGAGCAUUACACCACGGACGCGGACGGGCUCUGCACCCGCCUCAUCAAGCCGAAGGUGAUGGAGGGGACGGUGGCGGCGCAGGACGAGUUCUCCCGCAGCGGCUGGGCCCUCAACAUGAAGGACCUCAAGCUGCUGCAGAUCAUCGGCAAAGGGGAAUUCGGAGACGUGAUGCUGGGGGAUUACCGGGGAAACAAAGUCGCCGUGAAGUGCAUUAAAAACGAUGCCACAGCUCAAGCCUUUCUGGCGGAGGCGUCCGUGAUGACGCAGCUCCGACACAGCAACCUGGUGCAGCUCCUGGGGGUGAUCGUGGAGGAGAAGAGCGGCCUUUACAUCGUCACCGAGUACAUGGCCAAGGGCAGCCUAGUAGACUACCUGCGGUCGCGUGGGCGGUCAGUCCUGGGCGCAGACUGCCUGCUCAAGUUCUCCUUAGACGUCUGUGAAGCCAUGGAGUACCUGGAAGCCAACAACUUUGUCCACCGGGACUUGGCAGCAAGGAACGUCCUGGUCUCGGAGGACAACAUUGCCAAGGUCAGCGAUUUUGGGCUGACCAAGGAAGCCUCCUCCACGCAGGACACGGGGAAGCUGCCAGUGAAGUGGACGGCACCAGAAGCACUUAGAGAAAAGAAAUUCUCCACCAAGUCAGAUGUGUGGAGCUUCGGGAUCCUCCUCUGGGAAAUCUACUCCUUCGGGCGAGUGCCUUAUCCGAGAAUCCCCCUGAAGGACGUGGUACCCCGCGUGGAGAAGGGCUAUAAGAUGGAUGCUCCCGACGGUUGUCCUGCCGUCGUCUAUGAGGUGAUGAAGAAAUGCUGGACCCUGGACCCCGGGCACCGGCCAUCCUUCCACCAGCUCCGCGAACAGCUAGUGCAUAUCAAAGAGAAGGAGCUCUACCUGUGAGGGAGGGGGCUCACCCCCCCUGGCAGCCAGAGGGGACCCACGCUGGGAGGGGGACAGGGGUGGGCAGCUCCAUCCGCCCAGCCCCGGCACCAGGAGGGGCCAGGAGGGAGCCCCAGGGGUGUGUCCUCCCCACCCGCAAUCCUCCUGGUCACUUCCAAACUUCCAAAUCAGUCUU